GCAGUGUACUUUGUUGUAAUGCGCCUCACCUCACAAGCUGUUCCCGGCUUUUAAGCAAGAGCAGUUAUGGUUGAUUGUGAUGGUUGGCGACUUUGGGUGACGGGCAGCUUGGCACUGUUGCGAAGAGGCAACAGAUAUCAGAUAUUUAACUCUUGUGCAGCGGUCGGAUUUACUUCAUGCCCUGGAAAUCCAAAGCAAGAGCUCAUGUCGACCCAGCUGCCACGAUGAUCGAGACCAGGCGUAUCAUUGGGACUGGGCAUUAUAAAGUGGAUGGCACCACAGUGAAGCUGGACAAGAGGCGCUUGGGAUCUGCACCUGGCCAGUCGAUGAAAUUUCACCUCGACGAACUCGGUCUAGUGGAGGGCGGACCUUUCACAAGUCCCUGUCGAUUGAGACUGGCACAGUGCGACUGCUUGGAAGCAGCAGAGUUCUUGAGUGAAGGAGGUGGAAAUGUUCCAAUGGUCUUGGAUUUUGCCAGUGGUUCAAACCCAGGAGGCGGUCUCAAAGGUCAUCAACAGGGAACUCAGGAAGAGGAGAUGUGCCGUCGGUCGAGUUUGUUGCCCUCGCUGGAGCACCAUGAAUAUCCGUUGCCGGAGGGUGGAAUUUAUGCUCCACAGAUUUGCGUUUUUUCGUGGUCCAGCACAGCAAGGAUAUCCCUUACUGAAGACUCCUUUCUGGGUUACGGUCUUGGCAUCCGAAAUGCCCAACUGUGGUGACAUGGGGAACAAGGAGAAGGCCUUGGCGCGACGAAAGAUUCAAGGAGUCUUGCAAAUGGCUCUACGACAUGGGCAUUCCUCGCUAGUGCUGGGUGCUUGGGGAUGUGGUGCUUUUGGCAAUGACCCUGUGGUGAUGGCAACGCUCUUCAAGGCGUGAGCGACUACCGCAGGUGGAUCCCUGAGGCCCACAAAAGGUUUGGCUGAGGCUCCUGAGCUGUUUCAAGAAGCAAAGAAGGAGGUCGCAAACAAGUCCGAUGGAUCUUGGGAUGUAUGGGUGCCUGAUCUUGGUGCCACAAACUCUUUCAGGGCGUUUCACCAAGCUCUCCACGGAUUUGUUUCAAACUUCUCCACGCGAUUCUGGGCGCUCGGAAAUAGACCUACCCAGCCAGGGGCAAGAAAGGCCUAUUCAAAUACCCAAACGAGUGGAUGGAACGAUGGAUGUUUCUCUCCCUCCCUCUCUCUCUCUCUCUCUCGCUCUUUGUUGACUUGAGAUCGAAUGGAGGAGGAGCUGUCGAAGGUGAGCGGCUUGGAGGUGGUCUUUGCCAUCUUGGGGCGCAAUGCUGAGGUCUUCAGCCAGGUCCUGGAGCUGGAUCCACUGCCGGAUCUGCUGGCACCUGCUGGAGCAGCUGGAGCUGGCGCCAGCUUUGGCAGUGCAGUGGGCGACCUGAGCGCGCAA